CCAUGUUCUAAAAUAAGUUCAUAACCUAAAAUUCUUAUAUUUUAUGCUCGUUAUGGAGCAGCAAGUUUCUUUAUAUGAAUCGACAAUUUGUCGAUUAUGUGCCGAGAGCAAUGGAAGCGGAGAACCUCUUUUUCCCGAAGAUACAGAGAGACCGGAUUUAAGUACGAUGAUUAAUCGCUACUUGCCACUCAAGAUUCAAAAUGAUGGCAAACUACCGCAAACGAUUUGCCCUGGUUGCAAUAUUCAAUUGGAGUCAACGAUCCAGUUUUUUGACUUGGUGGCGGAAGGUCAGAAAAAAAUUCGUGACCUCUGGAAGCAUCAAGUCGACCUGGAACGAAAAUCUAAACGCGAAAUUGAGCGUUUAAGGCGAGAUGAUUCUGAUUUAACGACUGAACCAAUGGAAACUAUUGAAGGGGCAGAAAUUGCAGAGAAUCCUGAAAAUGUUGAUAAUAUUGAGAAUGCUGAGGCUUUAGGAAUGGAAACUCCCGAGGAGAAUGGAGAAGAUGAUAAUCUCGAAGGACAAAUUUAUAUAAACAUAAUGCCCGACGGUUCUAUGUACACCUCCGAUCAUGAAAUAAGACUGCAAAUGGAAGGAUUAGAGAAGCCGAGAAGAAAAAGGGGACGUCCUCCAAAAAUUGAACCCAAGACCGAAGCUGUGGACGAAAUUCCGGAAGAAACGAGUCAGGGUGAAGAUGAAAAACAGGAGGAAGAUAUCGAAGAAGAGGACGAUGGAAGCGGAAGGCGUCGCAGAAAACGAAAAAUCCCGGAGAGAUUUAAGGAAGCCGUGCAAGGAAAGGAGCUCGAUAGAAUAUUCAAAGAAGAAGGUGUCUACGACGAAGGGGACUUUGAUUAUGAAGAUGACUAUUUCGAUGACGCUGAUGAAUUUAAAACUCUGACUACUCCCGACGGCAAUGAAAUUAUCGGGCAUUUAGAGACUGAGGAAGGAAAGGACUUGGGCGAGUUGGUCGUCAUAAAUCGAAACCGAGGUCGAGGCAGACCUCGAAGAAAGAAGAACAAAUAUUUUUGCAAUGUUUGCGGGAAAGGAUUCAACCAACUUAGCAGAUAUACUGCCCAUAAGAGUCUUCACAAAAAUAUAAAAUAUAAAUGCCUAGAAUGUGGCAAACAGUUUUCGAACGAAGAUAAUUUCCUUCUCCAUCAAAAGACAACUUCUCAUGCCGGUCGCGAGAUUGUCGACGUUUUGAAGGAAGAAGUUUGCAAGCCUGAAUACAUUCUCCCAUCUGCAGAUCCUCUCUCAACUCCUACUGAACCAAUUUCGGCAGAAAAUAUUUUCGCAAACGCCGAGAAAGCAGAGCAUGGAAAUACAGAAACGACUCCAAUAGAAGAAUCUCAAUCUGAGAAAAAUCUACCUGAAGAAAAUCCCUCCGGAGAAAGUCCUGUUGAAGAAAAUCCCUCUGAAGAAAAUCCCGCUGAGGAAAAUCCCGCCGAAGAUAAUCCCUCGGAAGAAAAUCCCUCGGAGGAAAAUCUUUCUGAAGAAAAUGGAGAGAAUUCAUUUAAUUGCGAUCAGUGUCGUCGAUCUUUUCCCUCCGAAGAAUCUAGGGAAACGCACCUAAAAAUUGAUCACAAUAGUGAUAAACAAAUGAAUUCCAAAUGUGACAAAGGAUUUCCGUGUGAUAUUUGCGGAAAAGUACUUAAUCAUCCGAGUUCGAUUUUGUAUCACCGAGAGGCGGAGCACAAUAAUGGAAGGCGAUUUGUUUGCAACAAAUGUGGAAAGAGUUUCAAACAUAAACAACUUUUACAGCGGCAUCAACUUGUCCAUUCGGAAGAACGUCCCUAUAUUUGUAAAUCGUGCAAUGCGAGUUUUAAAACGAAAGCGAAUCUUAUCAAUCAUCAGUCGACACACACUGGAGAGAAAAAAUAUUUCUGCGAUAUUUGCAGCCAGCAAUUCGCUCACAAAACAAGUCUCACUUUGCAUUACAGGUGGCACUCGGGCCAUAAACCCUACCAGUGUAACGUCUGCAACAAAAGCUUCUCCCAGAACGGAAAUCUCCAGGAACACAUGCGGAUUCACACUGGAGAAAAGCCCUAUUGCUGUGAAACUUGUGGUCGAAAAUUUACAACAUCUUCUCAAUUUAAACUCCACGUUAAACGUCACACGGGCGUAAGACCCUGGAAAUGUGAAUUUUGUGAAAAAAGCUUUUUGCACAAAGACACCUGGAAGUGUCACGUUCGCCGACACAACAAUGAAAGACCCUUUCAAUGUUCACAUUGUAGUCGCGCGUUUACGGAACAGUGGGCUUUGAAAAAACAUCUUCGUUUGCAUACUGGAGAGAAACCUUAUUCCUGCGAAGUAUGUGGAAAGGCAUUUGCAGAUUGUUCAAAUUUAACAAAACAUAAAAAGGUGCAUAAGGAAAAUAAUAAAGCGGCUGAAGUUAAUGAGAUACCGGAAACAACAGUUUGGCAGAUUGUGCCAAAUGCACAAGGAGUGAGCGAUAAUUCAAUUGGAGAUCGAAUUACUGAAGUAAUAGCGGCUGAUAACGUUUCGGGAGAUGAAGUUCAGCAGAUUUAUUACGUCGCUUAUCAAGGUCAGGAUAUAAUCGAGCAGCCGAGGAUGCUACAAUUCAUCGAUUCUUCUGAAAUGAUAGAACUCAGAGAAGAUUUAGCGACCGUUGGAGGUGAAACUCUGCGUGCAAUUCGAAUAGAAGAAGAUGAUAUUAUUACUGAAGAAUCAUUAGUUGAAGCUCAGGAAAGUGACGGAAAUCUCGAGGAGGAGAUUGCUGAGUCAGAGUUACAAGUUCAGAUCACGGACAAUGAAGGAAAUGUGAUUCCUCUGACAAUGCAACACGCACAACAACUUGUUGACGGUCAAGUUGUUGUCACCCAAGGACGUGACGGUCAAUUAGUGAAAGUGAAUUAUUCUGGAUUCAGACAGCAGAAUUUGUUUGCUCAGUUAGGCCUAAAUAUGAAUCAAGACGGAAAUACUAAUCCCGCGGCUGUUAUCAAAGGAAGAAAAAAUUCGACAGCAUCAAGAAAUUCUGAAAAAAGUGCUGAAAGAAAAAUUUCUAAAGUUUAGAAAAUUAUGUGUAACAUAGUUAUUCCGACAUAAUGAUACAGUGUCAUUAAUUUAUUCGAAAGAGGGAAAAAGAUGUAUUAUUGUUAAUAGUAUACCUUGGGGAGACUCUGAAAAUCUUUAUUUAAAAAAAAAUUUUAUUACUUUGAACGCUGAAACGGAAUUUUAUUUCUCUUGGUGAGGAAAAAUGCAACUUUUUUUUUACGCACUGUGAAAAAUAGUUUAUAUAUUAUUUAUUACGUAGUCAAUUUGAGAAAAAUUCGGGGAUUAUUGCACAAUUUAAAAAAAAACGUGUCUUGAGCAUGAUAAUUAAUUUUAAAUUAUUGAAAUUAACAUUAGAAAAUGAAUUUUAAUUCGUAAAAAUUCACAGAGACAAAGGGAAAACAUUCUGUUUUAGACUUUGAAGAAAAAAAUAGAUUUAUUGAGGAACCCUAGUGUACUCUUUAAUCUUAAUUUUAAUGUAAUGUAAUUUCUGUUUUUUUUUUAUUUAAGUACAGACUGCUUAGAUUUUUUACAUAAUUGAUCGCUUUUUCUACACCUGUGUCUUUAGAAUUGUAAUUUGUGUUAGUUAGGAUGUAUUUUGAUGAGUUUAUCCUGCAUCGGUGAAUAGAAAAAUGGUUGAUUAUUAAUAAAUAAUUGAAGUGAUUCUAAUUAAUAAUAA